GAGCGUUGUACGAGGUGCACACACAUACACACACUCGGUCUGUCGCUGACGCACCACGGCGCAGACGCAGACUCCGGCGUCGCAUUGAUUAGUUCUGCUGCUGUUGUUGCUCAUGCCGGCUAGCCGCAACGUGCGCUGCAUGGCCGUCCUGUCUCGCUGAUGCUGCUGCUGCUGCGCCGCUACACUACACACCUAACUCACGUAGAUUCUUCCUUUGAAUGGGAACCGGCGCUGGUUUUUUCACACCGUAAGCGAAACGCCGCCACCGCCGUGCGUCUACGCUGUAUCGCCGCAUCCCGCAUCUCGUUAGACGGCGAUUAACUGUCUCGACAGAAACUCGGUGGAGGCUGAGUUCGUACGAGUGGGGUCCUGCAGGCCUGCACACCGCUAUUCCCGCGCGAAUACAAUCGUCGAGUCGUCUCGCCACAGCGUGCCUCGUCCGUCGGACCAUCGCCGCACAUCGUGACGACAAUGGCCGAAGAGGAACCGAAGGAUUCGCGCGACUCGCCCUCGAAGGGAGGAGGCCCGCCGGAGUCGGUGUUGUUCAGCAAGGUAGAGCGCUCUCCGUCGCGCCAGCAGCAUCUUGGCAAGAUGAACACCAUGUUCGGCUUCGUAGUCGACGCGCACGAGAACAAGUCGCUGAACUUCGGCAGCGGAGAGAGUCCCUACCACAGGCGCAUGCGACUGCGGGAGGAGGCCGAGCGUAAAACGAGCGAGCGCAGGAACGGCAACGGCAGCGCCGAGAGCCCCACUGCGAACGGCUCAUCGCCCGACAGCCCGGCGAGCAACAGCUCCAGCGUCGAGCAGCAGCAGCAGCGGCGGCAAGCCGAGCUAGAGGAGAAGCUCUACGUAGAGGAGAUUCUCGAGGUGGUCAUGGACGACGGUCGCCAGCCCGUCGCAGAGGUCAUCGAGGCGGUCAAUGUGAAAGGGGUGGUGGCGCAGCCGUGGGCCGAGCAGCCGAGUGCACAGAACAGGAUUCUGUUGAAGGGAGGGAAAGUAGUUAACCAUGAUCGUAUGUUCGAUGCUGAUGUCUACAUUGAAGAUGGAUACAUCAAACAACUUGGAAAGGAUCUGGUCAUCCCAGGAGGAACAAGAACCAUUGAUGCCACUGGCAAGAUGGUUAUGCCAGGUGGAAUUGACACACACACGCAUAUGGAGCUGCCGUUCGGUGGCACAGUCGCUGUAGAUGACUUCUACCAUGGCACCCGGGCAGCUUUGGCUGGAGGAACCACCAUGAUCAUGGACUUCGUGCUGGAUGGCAAGGGUGUACUACCUCUGGAUGCUUACAACAAAUGGAUGGACAAAGCUGGUGCCAAAGUUUGCUGUGACUUCUCUUUUCACAUGGGACUCACGUGGUGGAAUGACAAAGUAAAGGAAGAACUACCGAUACUCUGCAAAGAGAAAGGUAUCAAUUCGUUCAAGGUGUUUAUGGCAUAUAAGGACCUGUUCAUGCUGCGUGAUGACGAAAUUCUCGACGUCCUUAAGACCUGUAAGAGCCUCGGUGCCAUCGUACAAGUACACGCAGAGAACGGUGAUGUGAUCGAUGAGAACUGUAAGAAGCUACUUGCCUUGGGAAUUACAGGGCCAGAGGGACAUCUAAUGGCACGACCUGAGGAGGUAGAGGAGGAGGCUACACACCGUGCUAUCAUGCUAGCUGACCAGGUGAACUGUCCUUUGUACGUCGUGCACGUGAUGUGCAAGGGUGCAGCAGAUGCAGUUAGACGUGCUCGCAUGAGAGGUGCUGUGGUGUUCGGAGAGCCAAUCGCUGCCUCACUGGGUACAGAUGGCACGCACUACUUCAACAAGUGCUGGCGCCACGCCGCUGGGCACGUGAUGGCGCCCCCGCUGAAGGAUGCCACUACUCCCGAAUACCUAUUGAAUCUGCUAGCGAAUGGCGAUCUAGAAUGCACUGGAACGGACAAUUGUACAUUCAACGCAGAUCAGAAGGCACUUGGCAAGGAUGAUUUCACCAAGAUACCCAAUGGGGUCAAUGGUGUGGAGGACAGAAUGUCAGUCAUCUGGGAAAAGGGUGUGCACUCUGGCAAGAUGGACCCAUGCCGUUAUGUGGCAGUGACGAGUACCAACGCUGCCAAAAUCUUCAACAUCUAUCCACGCAAGGGUCACAUUGCUGUUGGCUCCGAUGCAGACGUGCUCGUCUGGGAUCCGACAGCGACGCGCACUAUUUCAGCUGCCACCCACCACCAGAAGGUUGACUUCAACAUCUUUGAGGGCAUGGAGUGCCACGGUGUGCCUCUGAUUGUCAUCAGUCAGGGUAGGGUGGUUCUAGAGGAUGGCCAACUGCAUGCCACCCGCGGGGUCGGGCGCUUCAUCCCAACACCCUGCUACUCUCAGUACGUCUACAACAGGAUUCAGACUCGUGAUGUGAGUCGCGCUCCACAGAAAGUUGAUCGAGAGGCAUAUGAUGGGCCAGUCAUCGAAAUCAAGAUGGAGGACAAGAAGGGGAUGCAACUUGCUGAAAACCCUAUCACAAUGAAUCGUGACUCAAUGUUCCAGGCUAGACGCGCACAGCCGGGAGGACGCAACCUGCAUGAAUCUGGCUUCUCCAUCUCUGGUGAGCAGGCUGAUGAUAACCAGCCACGUCAUGCCCAGACUCGACACUUUCAGCCACCUGGUGGCAAAACCUCUGAAGGAUUUUGGUAACAGAGCAAGCCAAUGGACAAUGCUGACGCAGACUUUCUGUCUAUCUUCUGCAUGUUUGUUAAACACCACGUGUAGGUGUAGGUUUAUAAAAAAAAAAAUAGCAGCUAUUAUUGAAGAUGCAGGCAUUCAUUGUGUACGAAUGGUACACUAUGCAUUUAUGCUGUCUAGAUCAUGUAAGUCGUCAUUUUACUUUUAUUUGGCAGAAUGAUGUAAAUAUUAUUUUAUGUUUUCUUGUGUUCUAGAAAUACAUCCGUGUUUGGUGGAUGGCAGAACUCUGUUAGAUGUUAAUUGUUGUGCAAACUGCAUUGCCAUGAUAGGAGGAGGGGCUUUGUCCCAAAUGGCUUUGUUUAUGCCUAAGUGAAUCUAGAUGAGUGAAUACCAUAGUACAUAACUAGUGGCAGGAUGGCAGUUUGUGAGUUUUCUUUACAAAAGAUGAGCUAUUUUCUUGCACUGUUAUUAUAUGUAAGGUGUGGUGUAUUAUGUUUAAAGGAUAUGUAUGUAAUUUAAGUAUUGUGUAACACUUUCAAAAACAAGUCUAUAGGAUCGCGAACAAGCGUAACAAAAGAAGUUGAGCUGCAAAAUCUUUUUCCAGGUUUUGCAUUUGCUACAGUAUCGCAGUAUGUAGGUAAUAAUCUUUUGUGAAGAUGCACUGCAUCAUGCAUGUAAGAUUUCUAAGUUUUUGUGAAUCUGUAAAAGAGUGCUUUCGAUUUUUAAUGUGCUUUGACUUUAAACUAGGCAAUUUAUUAACAUUGUUGUAGUACACAUAGAAAUCGUCUCAAUUUCUUCAUAGCAUUACUCAUCUCAAAUGUAGAUUUACGAGCGCAAAGGUUGGUUAAUAUGGCUACGGAAUUUUUCAUGUGCGUGUGCAUUUGAUCCAUGUUUUAAUGAGAGGGAGAGUGUAGCUUUCAGUGGCACACUGGUCAAUGGUAGUCUGAUCAGAAAUGCAAUUAUGCAAACACAGUUGCACUAAACAUUGCAGUUAUUAGGAAUCGUGCUUAUUGGUAACUAUUAUGCUAUGCUUGCUUCUCUCUGCACAGAACGAUGGCAAUAGGAACAUUAUUGAACAUAAAAAACUCAAACUCGUUCUGUGUGGACGUCAGUUGUCUCCUAUACUGACUCACAUUCUUCAGUGAAGCCAUAAAGCAGAUGCGGUUGAGAAAAGAAUCGGAUGAGGGAGCGGUCACUCUGGAAUCUGACCUGCCCGGUGGUUGCUAGAUUGGUGGUGGGUUUAUAUUAUCUGUUUCUGAUGGCUUCCCCGAGUUGCCUCUGGAAAUCUUACCUACUUAAAUGGCCUAGAAUUACAUUUUCGACUGAGUGGUGACUUUGCUUGGCCUUACAUUAACUGCUUUGCAACAAUCUGGUUCCAUAAGCUUGCUGUGCGUCAACCGUCUUUUCCUGAUCUAGAUUGUCUCUAGACUGGAACACCUUAUGAUACAAUCAGGGGUGUGUGCGUGAUGCAUACCGUCAGUUGUUGUGGUACGCCUAUAGGAUCAGAUCAUGUGCUUGCGUGAAUGUCAAGGUAAACAAGCGAAGAAACUCCUGAGUGAACAAUUCCAGACCUGCACAAUGGCCUUACGGUGGUGGAAUUUUAUCUGUUGUCUGUAUUAACCAUUUGGUUUAAUGAGUACUUCUAUAUGUGUCUUCAUGGUCUGCUGGGAGGCUCACAUUGCAGAUAAUCACGUUGGUUUUACGUGUAGAGAACAUGGUUCCAAAUGCGAUAUUUUGUUGUUUGUUCAGCUUUGUUUUCCUGCGAUAUAUAUAGUGAUGACACAUUUUGGAGACUUAUCUCUUAGUUCUUCUAAUUUAGUUUUUUUCCGUAAAAACUAGAAGCAACUCGUUGAAUUACUCUCCUCAUACUUCAUUGUGUUCGUAGAUCUAAAUAAAAAUUGAGGGAAAAUUUAACAUCCUA